CGGAGGUCCCGUGGGGGACAUUGACUUCGAUGAAGACCUCCUCCAUGGUCUGGUACCAGGAGCCCCAGGGGGUUUUGCAGGGGACGACGCCGCUCUUCUCCUCGAAGUGCACCGACAUGCUGCGGCUCCACACCGGCUCCCAGUCUGUAUUCUUCUUCUUCCGUUGGUUUCCCUGAAUGUCGGUUUGACUGCAGCGCCAUCUGCUGCCUGUCCGGUGGAACAACAACAACGACACCUGCUCUGAAACGCAUGUCUAGGUAAUGUUUGGGGAAAUGAAAAGAUAUUCUCGGACAACAUCACUCGCAUUUUGGACAGACUGUUGGAUGGUUAUGACAACCGACUACGACCUGGUUCUGGAGGUGGUGUUACAGAGGUGAAAACAGACAUCUUUGUCACAAGCUUUGGACCUGUUUCAGACAUGGAGAUGGAGUACACCAUGGACAUGUUCUUCCGUCAGAUGUGGGUUGACGAGCGGCUGAAAUUUGAGGGUCCCACUGAAAUCCUCCGGCUGAAUAACCGCAUGGUGGACAAGAUCUGGACGCCAGAUACUUUCUUCAGAAACUCCAGGAAGUCUAUUUCCCAUAACAUGACCACACCCAACAAGCUCUUCCGCAUUAUGCAGAACGGCACUGUCCUCUACACCAUGAGGCUGACCAUCAGUGGAGAGUGUCCAAUGAGGCUGAUGGAUUUCCCGAUGGACGGCCACUCCUGUCCUCUCAGGUUUGGAAGCUAUGCGUACACCAGCAGUGAAAUUAUGUUCACCUGGAGGAAGGGGCCCAUAGACUCCGUCGACUGUCCCAAAGAGUCCAUGAGUCUUUUGCAGUACGAUCUUGUGGGACAGAGUUUGUCCAGUGAGAUCAUAAAGUCAAACACAGGUCACUACUCUGUGCAGGUGGUCCAUUUCCACCUCCAGAGGAAGCUGGGAUACUACCUCAUACAGACCUACAUCCCUCUUAUAAUGGUUGUUGUGCUGUCACAAGUCUCUUUUUGGAUCAACAAAGAGUCUGUUCCUGCACGCACAGUUGCUGGUAUCACCACAGUGCUGACCAUGACCACCUUGAGCAUCAGCGCCAGGCAGUCUCUGCCCAAAGUAGCCUACGCCACCGCCAUGGAUUGGUUCAUCGCCGUGUGCUUUGCCUUCGUGGCGUCCGCUCUAAUUGAAUUUGCGGCGGUUAACUACUUCGCCACCUUGCAGGCCAACCGUCUGAAGAGGCAGAAAGCCAGACAGGACAAGCUUGAGGUGUUGGCCACUGGCAGCGAUGAUGAGGACACAGUUUCGCAGUCGGACAGCAACCCUCGGGAAAGCCUGAAGAAGAGAAACCACUCGGUGUGCCGCAGUGAGCCUGGAGAGGCUCCCGCUCUGCCCAUCUUCCUCCAGCAGGGCUCAGCUUUUCCUCCAGUCCCACAGCUGGCCGGCACCAGCCCCAUUGAUGCAUACGCUCGCAUCCUGUUCCCCUUGGCCUUCGGCCUGUUCAACCUCACCUACUGGUACAGCUACCUGGUCAAAGACACCAUGGAGAAGGCCAGGGACGUGGAUGUUGAAAACUGAGAAGACCUGGUAAAGGGCACGUGCUGCCUGAGAGACCUUCAGCAUCCAGCCGGCCUCACCUCACCCUCCUCCCUCUGCAAACAAGCUCUCAGCAUUCGCUCUGCUCUCAUCUGACAGAGGAAAUGAAUCAGAAACUCAUUUAUUCUGCUGCUGCACAUCCAUUCAUUUCACAGGCUGUGACCACUGCCCACUUGUGUUGUGAUCAGUAGCUGAAGAGCUGCCCUUCACGGGCUUCAAUCACUUUAAACCCCGCCACGUUCACACGACAAACUUCUCACAGACCGCCACACACAUACAGUAUGCAUGACGCUCAGAUGCACAAACCAAGAAACACAUCAAAAAGAUGCGGAUGAUAUAAUCUAUGAUGGCUGUAACUGGUGGUGAUGCAACAGUGAACCAAUGCUUUCAGAAGCCUGCCCUCUACAGAAGCACGGCUCCCACUACAACAAGAUCAAAGACAGUUUAGAGGAGGCUCGCAUCCCUCCUCGCAGCUUCUAAAAAAUGCACUCAAACCUGAGAAAAUGAAUUGUGGGAAUGUGUUUUUCCAGCCCACCUUUCUGCUCUGGUGCUCCCUCUGCAUUUUCAGAUGUGCUGCAGGUCCUGUGGAAACAUUGCAGGGAAGAGUUGGAUGUGAUCCCCAUGGGUUUAGAUGGCUUGUGUUGUCUAUUUUUGUGUGGUUGGGGCAUAAUUGUUUAGGGGGUGACAUGUUUGUGUAUAAACCUGUAAGAAAUGAAGUGCUGUAUCCACUCAGAAAAGAAAAAAAAAACCUGCAGAACUUGCUGAUAACUUAAUUUCAACCUCACAGUGCAUCCAGUAAUUUGACCUUGUCAGGAUGUAGACAAACUCAUAAACCUAAAGAAUAAAAACCUCAGAAUGAA